UUCGUCGUUUUGGUGGUUGUUGUUGUUUGAACUCUUUUUUGCUCUUUUUGUAAAAGCCAAGGUAUUUUUAUUUCUUAAGAUGGAAAUGGACGACGGUUUUGAUGAUUUGCUAGCAGAUGUAUGUGAACCUACGUCUCCAAAACAACCAAAGUUGGAACAAAAUCCAGAAAUUCAACAACCUGGUACUUCAAAAGAAACAGUUUCAAAGCCAGCUUCAUCUAAAACUCACUGUGUUCUAGUAAACCAAAAGCAGAGAGGAAAUCCUUUACUGAAAUUCAUCACAAGCGUUCCCUGGGAGUAUGAUGACAUUAUACCAGAUUAUGAAGUCGGCAAAACAAUAUGCAUAUUAUUCCUUUCGUUGCGGUAUCACAAUUUAAAUCCCGAUUAUAUCAACAAUAGAUUAAAGGAAUUGGGUAAAAAGUAUGAACUGCGGGUGCUAUUGGUACAGGUUGAUUUAAAAGAUCCACACACACCUUUGAAGAAUUUAACGAGAAUAUGUCUGUUGACAGACUUGACUCUUAUGUUAGCUUGGAGUCCAGAGGAAGCAGGAAAAGUUAUAGAAAAUUACAAAAUAUUUGAAAAUAAACCUCCAGAUCAAAUCAUGGAGAAAGUGGAGAAUGAUCCACAUCAAAAGAUCAUAAAUGCACUUACUUCAAUAAAGCCUGUGAACAAAACUGAUGCAAUGACACUAUUAACACAAUUUGGUACAUUAGAAAAUAUAAUUAAGGCUACAGAAAGUAGGUUGGCUGAAUGUCCUGGCUUUGGGUCAACUAAGGCCAAGAAACUGUAUAAAGCUUUACAUGAGCCUUUCCUAAAAAGAGGAAAUAUUAAAAAGAAUGAGAAUGAAGAAGGUGAAUUUUCAGGUGACAUAAGUAUUGAAGAUGUUGAAAAACUUGAAACAGAAAUUGAAGAGAAACAAGGGAGCUGAUUUUAAAUAUAUUUGUGAGUGUGCUUGUUAUUUUUUGUAUAAGUAUUAUUGGUGUGGCGUGUAAAUAGCCACACCAGGUAUAAAAAUUGCGGGGAAGAAAGAUGAUGCGGGGGUCGGCUGGUGACUCCAAACAACUCAAAAAUACAGCUGCAUAAAACGGAAACCACCAACCUGCGGAUCAGGAGACGGAGACCAGGCUUCGAGGGUCGACCCGUCGAUAUUUCUUGCGGUUUUGAUUAUUUCAAUAUCUUCAGCAAAUAUUCAGCGGAUUUUUCACAUUGACUUUGUUGACAGACGUUCCAAGACAACAUAGAGUUUUUUCUUCUUAAUUUUCUAUAGAGGUUUUUCCAAGUGUCACGCGACACUGGCCACUUGGCUCCUGCGAAGGUGCUGGCCCCGAAUCCGAUAAACAAAUUGGUGGGAAACCAGUUCAUGCAGCUAGAUAAUUUUGAGAGUUGGAGCCACCGAAAGUUGGAGAAGAAAAGGAAGAUAAGAAAGUUGGACAUAGGCCCAACCAUGCUCCCCGCCUUGAAGUUCAUUAGGACUUCAAUAAAGAAAUUAUAAUAAGAAAAGAAAGAAAAGGGGGAACAUGACGUAUUAUAGCAAUUUGCUAAGUAUAGGUAUAAACAAAAACUUCAAAAUACAUCCAGGAAACCGUAUAAGAAUCAAUUCCCUAAAGAAAACAAAAUGUAUAAACUCCUCACAUUAAAGAGCUUUAAGUAUUUAAAUUAAUGCAUAAUAAUAAUGCGAAUAAUAUUCAAGAAAUAAAAUUAAAAUUAUAAUUUUAAAUUGAAACAAGGCAAUAAAUAAAUAGUUAAUGUAAUAAAUACAUGCGUUAUAAGUUGUUAUUGUGUAGGUAACGGAUAUAAUUUAGUUACUGGGCGCUUAUAGACACCAGUACUGGUUCUAACAGAAGCGACUCUGACCACACCAUCGGAACCGGGAAAAACUUCGGUAAUUACACCAAGUACCCAAUGCAAAGGCGGUACAUUAUCAUUGCCUAUUAUUACAACUGUACCUAGUUCGAUUGAACGUUCAGGUGUGCACCAUUUCUGACGAACUUGCAGCGUGUGCAAAUAUUCGAGGCGCCAUUUAUUCCAAUAUGAUAAAACAAGCUGGUCUAAAAGUUUCUUGCGGUUGGUUAAAGUUAAUUUUUCAUCUUUCAGUUCUGUUGAAGGCAAGUAACGCAAAGGAGUGGACAUUAAAAAAUGUGCUGGUGUCAAGACGUCCGGAUGUGGAUCAGCUGAUAUCGCUACAAGCGGUCGAGAAUUUAAAAUGCAUUCAAUUUGCACAAGAACUGUUAGAAGUUCUUCAUAAGUAAAAAGUUGUUUACCUACAACACGGUACAUAUGCGUUUUUAUACUUUUUAUAUUAGAUUCCCAUAUACCACCAAAGUGUGGGGCGCGGGGAGGGAUCAUUUUCCACUCUAUGUGAUGAUCAAUGAGCAUUCGCUUAAUGUCAUCUUGAAAUUCAGUAUUAUUUAAUACGUUAUAUAUUUCGUCGAGCUGGGCUUUAGCACCGACGAAAUUGGUGCCAUUAUCUGAAUACAUAACAGAUACUGGACCGCGGCGAGAUAUAAAUCUUUUAAAGGCGGAAAGGAACGCAUCUGUGCUAAGAUUAGAAACUAAUUCUAUAUGAAUAGCUUUCGUAACUAGACAAAUAAAAAGACAUAUGUAUGCCUUUUGAGAAUGUUGUCCCCUUCGUCUAGUGGGAAUGAAGCUAAUAGGACCUGCAAAAUCAGUACCAGUAUGUACGAAAGCUUUAGCAUCUUGAAUGCGAAAUGCGGGUAAAUCUGCCAUUUUGGGAGAUGGAUGCUGCGGGUUCAAGCGGAAACAAACAUUACACUGUCUACAGCGGGCGCGUAUAAUAGAUCUGGCAUUUAAUAUCCAAUAGCGUUGACGAAGAAUAGACAUGAGCAAUCCAGGUCCAGUAUGACAAUUAGCGGUAUGAUAAUGAUCGAUAAGAAGUUCAACGACGCGGUCACGUUUGGGUAGAAGCGCAGGAUGUUUGGCUUCAUAGGGAAGGUCUGAUUUAGACAGUCUUCCUCUUCCUCCAAUGCGAAUUA